UUCUUCUAGGGUUUUAAUCCGAAACCCAGACGCUUCAGUAUCGUUUUCCACUGUCAAAACACCGCCACCAAAUCUCUGAAACCCUUGAAUCGAAUCCCGCCAUGGUCGAAGGCUUCGAAGUCGGCGGCGUCCCCUUCAACCCCGACGGCUGGGGCCCACCGGAUUCCGCCACCACCACAACCAACACCUCCAACCUCCCCCUCAACGUUCCCUUCGCCCCCUUCUCCCGCUCCGAGAAGCUGGGCCGGAUCGCCGACUGGACCCGCACCUUCAACAACCCGGCCCGGUCCAAAAACCCCUCCGACGCCGUCUUCGACUUCUCCAACGACGAGUCGUUCCCCGGUAACGCCGAUGACGACUCCACCUUCCGCCUCGUCGACGGAAAACCGCCGCCGCGUCCCAAAUUCGGCCCCAAGUGGAGGUUCCAGCAGCAGAGGCAGCUCCCUCACCGCCGCGACGAGGAGGUCGAGGCCAAGAAGCGCGAGGCUGAGAAGGAGAGGGCUCGCCGUGACCGGCUUUACAACAUGAACAGAUCCAAUGUCAACAUGCCCCGCCGUGAAGCUGCCGUGUUCAAAUCGUCGGUGGAUAUCCAGCCGGAAUGGAACAUGCUGGAUCAGAUCCCGUUCUCGACCUUCUCCAAGCUCUCUUUCACUGUCCCUGAGCCGGAGGAUCUCCUCUUCUGCGGCGCACUCGAGACCUAUGACCGAACCGUUGAUCGAAUCACACCGAAGAAUGAGCGCAGGCUGGAGCGGUUCAAGAACCGCAACUUCUUCAAGGUCACAACCACUGAUGAUCCAGUCAUUCGCCGACUUGCAAAUGAAGACAAGGCUACCGUUUUCGCCACUGAUACGAUCCUCUCGACCCUCAUGUGUGCGCCGAGGUCAGUUUACUCUUGGGACAUUGUGGUUCAGCGAGUUGGAAACAAGUUGUUCUUUGACAAGCGUGAUGGCUCUCAGCUCGACUUGCUUUCGGUCCACGAGACCUCUCAGGAGCCCCUGCCCGAAGCCAAGGACGAUAUCAAUUCAGCUUAUUCAUUGAGUGUUGAGGCUGCUUACAUUAACCAGAAUUUCUCUCAGCAGGUUUUGGUUAGAGAUGGGAAUAAGGUCACUUUCGAGGAGCCCAACCCAUUUGCAAAUGAAGGGGAGGAAGUUGCCUCUGUUGCUUAUCGGUACAGAAGGUGGAAGCUGGACAGUGAGGUGUCUCUGGUUGCAAGGUGUGAGGUUCAGAGUGUUAUGGAGGUUAACAACCAGAGGUCGUUUUUGACUCUGAAUGCGCUCAAUGAAUUUGAUCCUAAAUAUUCUGGUGUGGAUUGGAGGCAGAAAUUGGAGACUCAGAGGGGUGCUGUUUUGGCCAAUGAGCUUAAGAACAAUGCUAACAAGUUGGCUAAAUGGACUGCACAAGCUCUAUUGGCUGGUGCUGAUAUGAUGAAGUUGGGUUAUGUUUCAAGGGUUCAUCCUCGUGAUCACUUCAACCAUGUGAUUUUGGCUGUGAAUGGAUAUAAGCCCAAGGAGUUUUCCUCGCAGAUUAAUCUGAACCAGGCCAGUAUGUGGGGAAUUGUAAAGUCUAUUGUGGACUUGUGUAUGAAACUGAAGGAGGGUAAGUAUGUACUGGUGAAGGAUCCAUCUAAGCCACAAGUUAGAAUAUAUGAGGUUCCACCAGAUGCUUUUGAAAAUGACUAUGUGGAGGAACCACUACCAGAGGACGAGCAAGUUCAGCCCCCUACUGAGGAUGGCCAAGGUGCAGAGCCAAAUAUUGCUGCAACUGAUGUGGAGGAUAAAGAGGUUGAAGCUCAAGCUUAAAUGGUUAAGUUUGAUACUUUAACAUUUGCUGGGAUUGAGACGUGAUUACAACUAUUAACAGUUGCAACGGGAGACAUAUGAUAUGCCUGUUCAAGGACUCUGUAUCUGAAUCUGCAAUUCUUUUAUUGAUCAGUGGCAUGUAGUACUUACCCAGCAUUUGUGCUUGCCAUCAUCUAUACUGGCUAGAUACAAUUAGUUAGCCAUUGGAAUGGUUUUUGUUUGUCUAUUGGAUUCCUUAUGUUUUGUUUUAUAAAACUUAAUUUUGCCUUUAAUAUUCUGGAGGACGUUCAUAAUCA